AUGGAGGAGAAACCGGAGUCAUUUGACUGAGAGGAUACUAAACCUCACCCUGGAGAUCAUCUAUUUGCUGACCGGAGAGAGAGUUCCUCUCCUGUGAAGUCAGGUGAUCAUAUGACCAUCACAGUGCCUCCAUGUGACUCCCUGACACCUGAGAGACACAACAUGCAGAAGAUUCUAGAAGUCACCAAGAAGAUGAUGGAGCUGCUGACAGGAGAGGAGUGGGAGUAUUUAGAAGGACACAAGGAUCUCUACAAGGACGUCAUGAUGGACAAUCAGCCGCCCCUCACAUCACCGGAUGGAUCCAGUCAUGGGAACCCACCAGAGAGAUGUCCCCGUCCUCUGUAUUCCGGGAUUCCACACAGGAAGGUCACACCAUCCCUCACCAUCAUCAGGUAGAUGGAUCCAGUAUUGGGAACCCACCAGAGAGAUGUCCCCGUCCUCUGUAUUCCAGGGAUUCCACACAGAAAUUUCACAAGUACACACAACAUGCUCAGAGUGGAAACCUCGAGGAUUAUAAUAUUGUUGUUAUAGAAGAGUAUAAAGAAGAGGAUGAGGAGUAUGGAGUGAUGGAGGAGCUUUCUGAGGGACACAAGGAUCUCUACAAGGACAUUAUAAUGGAGUCACCUAAUAAGAGAAACCCACCAGAGAGAUGUCCCCAUCCUCUGUAUUCCCGGGAUUCCACACAGGAAGGUCACACCAUCCCUCACCACCAUCAGGGUGAAGAUCUGAUGAAGAUGAAAGUUGAGGGUGAAGUAGAAGAGACGUAUGUGAGGGAUGAUCAGCAAUAUACGGAGGAGGCUGGAAUGAUGAGGACAUACAAAGAGGAGGACACUCCUACAGAGAUCAGCACAGGACUCACCACCAGGAAACCCUCAAAGGAUCAUCUCACUUUAUCUCCGGGUUGUAAAAUGGAAGAUGAGGACAUCACAGGAGAUUGUGGAGGAGAAAAGACAAUGAUCUCAGCUAUGGAUGGUGGACUUCACAGUGUGGAUGGACCAUCGAAUCCCUCUGACUCCGAGCAACCUCAUACUGUGAGGGAUGGUACCAGAAUUCAGGGGGAGGAGACAUUUUCCUGUCCUGAAUGUGGUGAAAGUUUUGGUUCUGGACUAAGUCUUACUAUACAUCAGAGAUCUCACACACGGGUGGGAAGGUUCAUUCCUGUUCUGAGUGCGGGGAAUGUUUCCUUCAUAAAUCGGAACUUGUCAUGCAUUGCAGAUCUCACAUAGACAUGAGGCCAUAUUACUGCUCUGAGUGCGGGAAAUGUUUUACAAAAAAAUCAGACCUCGAUAGACAUCGUAGAUUGCACACAGGGGUGAAGCCGUAUCCGUGUCCUGAGUGUGAUAAAAGUUUUACACAGAAAUCAGACCUUGCUACACACCAGAGAUUGCACACGGGGGAGAAGCCUUAUUCCUGCCCUGAAUGUGGGAAAAGUUUCACGUGGAGAACACAAUAUGUUAGACAUCAGACAUCUCACACAGGGGAGAGGCCGUAUUCCUGCCUUGAGUGCGGGAAAUGUUUUUUAUGCAAAUCGUACCUUGUUAUACAUCAGAGAUCGCACACGGGGGAUAAGCCAUAUCUCUGCUCUGAGUGCAAAAAAAGUUUUUCACAAAAAUCAGAACUUGUUAAACAUCAUAGAACUCACACAGGGGAAAAGCCGUAUUCCUGCCCUGAGUGUGGAAAAUGUUAUGCACGGAAAACAGACCUUUGUAUGCAUCAGAGAUCUCACAGUGGGGUGUAG